CCACAAAUUGUCUAAGAACUUCUGUGAUCAUGUAUUCGUCUGCAGGCCGGCAAAAUUUGAUUGUUUUCAUUAGAAAUCCACGUGAGAAGUCUAGAUUGAUUUCCGCAUCAUGAGAAACAUAACAAGGAAGCCAUGUUUGUUACAACGAUUCAUCUCUUCGGUUACUUGGUGGCAUAUUUUACAGUUUUCAAUGUGUGAACGUGCACCAUGGAGCAGCAACUGGCUGGCGAUGGCCAGGUGACAGUGAUGCAGGCUGUUCCAGCUGGGGCGGGCGGCCAGCAAGUUCAGGUGUUACAAGUCAAUCAAGCUGGCCAGUUGAUCCAUAACAGUGGACAACAGAUAAUGGUUCAUGCAGUUCCACAAGGGGCGCAGGCGAUACAAGUUGCAACGCAGAGCGGCCAGGCUCUUCAGCAGAUUCAGGUGGUGCCAGUCUCCAGUUUGCAGGGUAGUGGCGCACAGCAGAUAGUGAUCCAGCAGCCACAGCAAGCACAAAUUAUCCAGACGUCUGAUGGACAGACAUUCAUAUACCAGCCCAUGCAGCUAGAUGGAGGAGUUCAACAAGCACAGCCCACAGUUAUCAAUUUGAAUGGAAAUCUGGUUCAGUUGGCCGGGGCAAAUCCGACCGCAGCCACGAAUACCGGAGCGCCCACAGGUACCCCUCAGGCUGCCGUCGCCGGUCCCACUGCAACCAGCGCAUUGCCGCAAGCAAUGGGCGUCAGUGGUGGAAACAUUGUCAUGAUGGUUCCUGGUACCGGCGGUAUCCCACAAUUCCAAAGAAUUCCCCUUCCUGGAACAGAAUUUCUUGAAGAGGAACCGCUGUAUGUGAAUGCAAAACAGUACAGACGGAUACUGAAGAGAAGACAGGCCCGUGCUAAACUAGAAGCAGAGGGAAGGAUACCAAAAGAAAGACCGAAAUAUCUUCAUGAAUCUCGACAUCGUCAUGCGAUGAAUCGUAUCAGAGGGGAAGGUGGAAGAUUUCACUCUGGAUCGGUUAAGAAACGAAAAUCUCUCCACCAUCACAACAGUCUCAAUGUAAGAAGCGGACUAAAUAUUCCUGUUACGUCUACCAGCUCGCAGGUUGACACGGACAACAUCGGCUCUGCGCUCGUUAUCGAGAGUGGAGGCACAGCCUUGCCAGAUAUGAUCUGCGACCCUUUAUCUGUGGUGGCGUCAGAAGCUCAGUAGGAUUUUACCUCCAGGAAAACAGUGUUGAAUCUUUUUUAUAUGAGUGUGGAGUCACAUAAAUGCUGUUAUUUAGUGUUGUGUUUGUAAAGACACUGAUGGUCUGUAGCAUUUUUUUUUUGGUGAUUAGUGAAGUACGGCGCACUUGAAGUGCUGUGUUGUGUGCGUGCAGUUCUUAAUUUCUGCGUAAGAGACCAGCCGUGAGGAGUGAAAGGAUGACUGUAACUGAUACUAAAAAGGUGUGAGUGUUUGCUUCGUAAACAUUGAUGUAUAAAUAAUGCUUUUAAAUUGAAUAAGAAGCAGACGUCGAUGCUGACAUGUAGCCGCAUGCAUAUCUUUGAUGCUCGAGUGAAGAAAGUCUGUGCUGUGGGUGGUUCUCCUGAUGUGUUUGUGAAGUUCCUUUUCUUAGAUUUUGCUGUAAAUAUGUUCACAGUUCUGCAUCAGCAUUUUUUUAAGAUUCUUACUGUUUCAAGUACAAGAAAAUUUCUACAAAUGGACUGAAGGCAUUUUACAUGUCCGUCUGAUUUCAUUUUGACCAUUCAUUACUUCAAAUUUGAAUGUUUAUUUGUCCUGACUUGCUGGUGUGAAGGAUACAGGUCAGUAUUAUUUUUGUGUCACUUGCUUAUUUGAAUAUUGAACGUCAUUACGACGCUCAUUUCAGUUCUGAUCCUGUAUGCAUAUUCAGAUUCAUACGAAACAUAUCCCAUCACAUGCACGGUAGUCCUAUAUAAUGUGAUGGACGUACUUGAGGGUCGAAAGAAAAUAUUGGCGCUGCAUGUGGCGUGUGAGCAGUUGGUGCCUAAGAGAACUUCUGUCUAAUCCUUUAAUGUGUUCCCAUGCUUGCGGAAGGUGACAGACGCCAGCAAUUGACUGGAUUUCUUGAUAUCCGAUAAAAGAUUUUGCUGCCAUGCCAGUGGGUCCGUGGUCCCGAUCGCCACGUAGGUUUACGCGUCGUCUAAUAUUUGUGGAGUGUGCAAAAUUACAUUUGCAUUGUGUUCAGUCGAUGAUCGAGGAUGUUGCGGUAGUGCUGUACAUUGACAUUCCUUGGUUCCUGGGAGACUGCGACUAGCACCAUUGGAAUUUUAGUUCAUUACACUGCCCAUGUUUCAUCCCUGCUGUGAUGCGUCUCCUACCAUUAAGACGUGCAAAACACUGCCACUUCUCUUCCUUCAAGAGGUGGUGGGGGAUGAACCUCGAUGUGAUGUUGCACGUCCAAAGGACGUAUUUCAGAAUGUGUAAUGUUACAUGGCAUAUACCACCUCAGCUGUCCUCUGUUCAUAUGCAACAGUGACUGAUUCAGGAUGUCAGGGUAUUUUACGACAGCCUCGGUUUUCUGACGCGCGUGUUCAUGUUCCGCAUUCUGUGCGCAUAUGGUGAUGUCACUGUUUUUCUUCCAACCCUUGUACAAUCGCUUUCAUUAGACACUCGACACGGCUUAUUUUAUGGAUGAAUGGGUGUGACGUAAAGAAAUUGUGUUCAUACUUCAAAAGAAAACAGCUUAUUAAUUAAUUUAUUGAAUUCUUGAUUCCUUGCAGGAAGGAGUAGGCUAAAAUUCAAACACAUUAUUCAGAAUAAUGGAAUGAGAAUGAUUCAGCAUACAUUGUACCACAGUAAUUCAGAAUUAUCAUUUAUUUGAUCAAGAAACAUAUUUUGACCUGAACGCAACGAACGUGAGUAAUAAUUGCAUGAAUUUAAUAUUAUUCUGCUGCACAAAAAUGUCCCAUAUUAUUGACUGAAAUUAUAUAGCAAUAAAGGUAAUGAUGAUCAUCUUACUGAUGUGAAAAUCUGUCUGCAGAUGCGGUGCUAGAAGGCCGCUGCUUCUUCUCAGUCAGAAUUGUACGCAAAGUUCGUAAAGCAGAAUGCCUCGGUGAAUGAAUUCUGGCCGUGUUAAUUUUAAACAAAUUUAUUUUUGCACAAACCUUCCACCUUCUGCUACAAGUACUGUUCGACCAUUCAAAAUAUCUUCUGUUCAAAUAAAAGGUAAUUGUUUUAUAUUUGAAUUUUAUUAGUGUUGGCACACUUCUAUGUUAUGUUACACUGUUUUUGAUGAAAAGAAAUUGAUUUUUAAGAUGUUUGUAUAAUAAAGUAUAAUUAAAGUGCGUAAGUUAUUUUUUC